GUGCGCGAAGUAGUAGUCCUUCAGCGUGGUCCUCUUCUCCGGCAACGUCGUCGAACGGUACUGCGCCUCGUCAACGCUUAGGGGAACUUCCUACUUCUUCUAACAGGCUGCAUCAGCAGAUCAACCUUCCUAGGCUGCAUCAGCAGAUCAACGGCAUCCCUGCGCUAGCCUGUGAUAAAGUAGUAAAGGAGAUAGACUUAGUUUCGUCAAAAAAUCCUGUAGCUGCGAAGUCCUCGAGUUCUACGUCUUCCCCAGAUUUCGUGUUGACGACAGAAGAUGUACAGGGAAACGUUGAGGUUGACCCGAAUCGAAGCCUGGAUGUUGGGUUGUUCCACAAGAGCGGCAUGCAUGAUCUUCAUUUACAGCGCAGCGACAGCACGACGCCUUCCUCAACUCCAACGCAGUCAAAACUGCCUUUAGGACAGCCACCCUCCUCUGGCGGCACUAGUAGAAACACUUCGCCGAGAGGGGAGUUUUUAUUCGACUUACAUAUUGGCAAGACGAGCGGCUCCAAGUUAAGAGUCGUUUCCACCAGAUUUAGUUACAUUUCCCCGUAAUAAACCAUCCAUGGCGCUUUUCCUAGUAGAAAAGAAGCCAGGUUUGAUGUUCAGAGGAAUGGAAUUCUGUAACCUCUAACCAAGGAUAUGCGUUCACUCUCUCUGUCCGGUGGCAGUGAAAGCGCUAGCACGAUGACGAUAUCCGGAACUAACGCUGUCCAACUGGCUAAGGAUUUCGCAGAGGCGAAGAAGGCUCGUGACUACAACAGACACACUAGGCCGAGUGCGGCACCGAAGAGUCCUAGUUCAACCUCAAGUGUGCUGGCUGAUGGUCAUGGUCUUAUUUCUUCUAGAAACUACACUUCGACUGGUGGCACUGCUGGUAGUGGUCCCAACGGUCACGCUUCUGGCAGUGAAUAUGCCAGUAGUCCAACGUCGUCUCUUCCUGGAUACAGCGCUAGUGCAGGGAGUAGUACUACUCGUUGUAAGGUAAAUGCUCUAGUAGUAGGCGAUAGUAGUAGUACAACAAGUACAACUUCCGAUAAUAGAAAUGAUGCAACAGCAGGACCACGAGCUCCUGUGAAUGUGACAUCAAGAACAGCACCUGUCCGACGAGGAGGUGGCGGUUCACAAUCUUCUGCUUCGUCAGGAUCUGCCUCAGCCAAUCACGAAGGACCGAGAAACAUGUCGUCUCAGAAUGGACAACAAGUGGAUCGCAGAGGGCGAGGACUAACUGCAGAAGAAGGAGGACCGAAAAAUCCUCCAUCGGUAAAACGACGAGGAGGAAGGAAACAUCAUGUGGGUAAACGCCCACCCGAGAAACCACCAGACUGAUUACCCGAGUAGGCUUCUGUUGUAAAAACUUAAACUUUAUUAGUACUUUCUGCCAGAAAGACUAGACUUUUUAGUAGAUUCAGCUAUUAGAAGUAGUUCUUCUUUGAUACAGCUUGUCAGGAUAGGAGAGGAGGGUUGUCGGAUUUGGAUACCACAUGCUUCCAAACAAAUUGGUAUCUUGAGUAGUAGAGACUGAGACAGCGGAGUAGAUGCUUCUAAAUGGUUUUGCUUGAAGCAAAUCGUUGAAGAGACACUAGAAAGAUCGCGGAGUACUUUGGGUUCUGUUAAGAAACCUCUACAAGAGACUGUAUCGGAAACCUGUACAAAAAACUGUAUCGCAAUGAAUACUAGAAGUAGGUAUUUGCAUUCAUGUUGAUGUUGAUGAAUACUAGAACUAGAGGACGAACUACUAGACUGGAAUCUAGUAUGAUGAGAAUUAGAGGAAGAAGCUUGCUAUCGUUACAGCUACCGGUACAACACUUGCACAUAAGAUGUUAGGCUUAGAGGCGGUAAAACUGUACAACACUUGCACAUGCGAUUUUAGAAGUUGAGGUUCGUUACAGCUACCUGUACAACACUUGCACAUUUCCAGUGAUGUCUAUUUCUAUGGAUUAAGUACUUUCCGAUUCCGAUGAUAUCGUUUGCUACUAUUAAGUAUGUAAGUACCGCUUUCUGUGGUUUACUUGAGUGGCAUUUAUCAACGGUUAAACUUGCACAUUUCGCGACUCUUUGACUGAUGCACACUUACAGAAAGAACCAAGAAGAAGGAUGAUGGCCUCUACACAAAGCUGUAGGUGGUCGCUCACACCAAAGAAGAAGGAGAGCCUACACAAAGCCGUAGCAAAAGACUGUCUAACCGUCCGCAGAACGGAGUCCACACUUCCAUGAAGAAGCAAAGGAAAAGGCUUUCAACCCGCAAAAGGUUUGGCAUACAGAGCUACAG